GUCUCAAAUAAAAAUAUAAGAAAAUCGUGCUUAAAAAUUGAAAAUAUUUGCAAACAUGAAACAAGAUACAUUUAUUUUACCACACAGUAAUAUCCCAAGCCAUUCAGAUAAAGUUCUAAUCGUAUCAAUAAUUGGAAAAACAGCAUACAGUUCAUUUAGCCAGAAAACGAAACCUUUGGGUCGUGUAUUUGGUGGUGAAUCUGAAACGAAUAGCGAUUCGGUAAUUGAAGGUCUAUAUGAUGAGCCAAAUCAAAUCAUUUAUCUACAUUUACGGGGAUUAUUCGAUACAGCGACACUCAUUAAAAAUUAUGAAAAUUUAGUUGAACGUGCCAAAAAUGCAUGUGAUGAAAAUGAAUCAGACACAUAUGUUCCUGAUUUUAAUAUCAUUUAUAACCAAGUGAAAAACGCUUAUGCCAGAGCUAUGCUUUUACUUUUUCAUAUUUCUCAUAUUAUCGUUCUCAGUCAUCCAGGAAGUACAUUUGAUUUAAGUUACUUACAAAUGUUUAAAGCUAUUGAAAAUGCUCGCCAAAAAUCAGCAAUGAAUGUUUCAGAUAUUUUAAAAAAUAUUCCAAAUAUAAGUUCUGAAUGGAUCGCUAACAGACGGUUGUGUACACCACGAUUGGUAUUCUAUUUUGAAACAUGCCCCAAAGAGAUUGUUAAAAAGGGCCAUGCAUCAAUAAAGAAAUUGGAACAUGCAAUUGAAGAUAAAGUUUAUCAUAUAUUCCGGAAAGCGAAAAUUCUUAUAAAUAAUAGUUCAAAUUGUUUAUUUGCAAUACCACCAAAUCAAGAGUAUGUUUACAUGAAUACCGAAUAUGAUCCAACUACAGAUCGUUUAGCUUACGCAUUACGCAGUCUCUUGCAAUCAUGUAAACAAACAAAUAUUUCCUCAAAUCAAACAACUGGUAUAAAUACCGGUGGUAUUCAAUUAGAUUUUACGUAUGCUGUGCAAACAGAUUCAUCAACAGUCCAAGAAAAACGAUCAUUUGUAAAAUUUUUACAAGUGCACACAAAUCACGCAUUUGUUAAAGGGUUCGAUGAUAGUCUUGGUCGAAAUACGUCACGUGCACAUUUUGAAAUGCCAUCAGUUGAUAUUUGGUUUCAAGUUGCAAAUCAAUUGUAUAAAUUAUUUUGUGAUGUUAACGAAGAAACCUCAGUUCGUGGAUUAUCGGCUUUAAAUAUUGAUACUAGAUUUUCAGAACAACGAUGCCUGAAAGUGUUACCGUUAGCUGUUGCACGAUAUCAAGAAAAUCUUCCACCACAUUAUACCAGAUCGUAUCAUGAAAGUCGGCUAGCAGUUGCUAUGACAGUAUUUACAAAUCAUGCCAGAGGUCCAAUGUUUGAAAAAUAUAGCAAGCAAUUAAUUGAAGAAUGUGCACAACAUUUUGAAAAUGGGCGACAAUUAUGUGAACAACCAAGUCUCACAGGAAAUCCUUGCACUUUACCAAAACAUGAUAAUGAAAAAGAUCAUUGCAGUGGCGUACGCUAUGUGGCCGCAUGUGAUUGUGGGCGCUCACAAGGAUCACGUGAAGAUCCAUACAAUGUACGCUAUGCAAAUCACACCUUUUAUCAGAAGUUGAUGCGUGAUUGUAAUUGUAAUCAUUUGGAACGUAUUGAUUUUCCUGUAUUUCAACCAUCAACAAAAGAAUAUCGUGCUGCUAAUUUAUUUUCAAGUUUGUCAACACAAUAUCACAGACCAGCACGAUCAGUUGAUAUGAUUAGUUCAGAUCGUUUAUCGGACAUUUCAGCUGAAAGUGAUUUAAUGGUACCAUCAAAAUCAGGGCUUAGCCCAGCACAUGCUCAUUCAGAAAUCAAUGAUAUCGAAUUAGAAUUAAUUGAUGAUGCUGAACAGAAAGAUAAAAAUUUGGUACGACAACCAAGUACUACAGAAUAUUUACCAGGCAUGUUAACGCUAUCAUCUCCAGCGGGACUAUUACCACAAUUUCCAAGUUGGAGUUUAGUUUGUUUAGGUCCAAGUUCUCUUUAUAGUCAUAAUGUUGGAUUAACAGAUCCACAUCACCCUGGCUUUUUACCAUUUUCAAAUUUUUUAUUACCUUGGGAUGUUACUGUCAAAUCAUCACAUGGAAAAUCACCAUGGCCGAUUGUAAAUGAAAAUCGAAAAUAUAAUUCCAAUAGUGUACUUUCACGAUCGAAUCAAAAGAAAAAUAAAGGAAAUACAGCACCAAGUGGCUCUAAUAAUGAAGUCACUGUUAAAGUUUUUGUUGGUAUUGAGUAUGAAUGUCCUAGAGGUCAUAGAUUCAUGAUGUCGUCUCCAGAUAAAGUGUUACGUGCUUCAUCUGGCAUUGUAAAAGAAUCUGGACAUAAAGUUACAACAUCAGAUAUGCCAUUAUUUUUCAAUUGCCCGUGUCGUCCCAAUAAGCCAUUGGUCGCUCAAUUAAUGCGUGUUCAUGUCGUUACACCAAAAAAUUUAGUUUUUAUUACCUUAUGUCCAAAAGUUCAACCAGGCAUUGGUGCUCCAGUAUUUAUACCGAGUUUCGAACAGUCUAUUAAACUAACACAAAGUACAUAUUGGAUUUUGCGUUUACCAUAUGUUUAUGUUGCGGAUCGUGAACCAUUUUUACCUCCGUUACAUGCACCAACAUCACAACCUCCUGCAAGAUUACUUCAAGGAAUGUGGGGAAUUCUCAAUGCCUAAUAAAUAGUGUAUUAGAUAUUUAUUAACAAUAAAAUUAAUGUUAAUUUA